GCCAACAGCAGACUGAGUUCCACACAGAGCACAGAUAGAUUGUCUAACUGGUCAACGAGCAAAGCGAACAAGAAUGUCUGAACGUAGAAUACCCUUUACUUUCCUCCGUACCCCUAGCUGGGAACCAUUCCGGGACUGGUAUCAAGGAACCAACCGAUUGUUUGACCAGUCAUUUGGUAUGCCAAGAAUACCUGAAGACUGGUACCAGUUGCCUAGCACUAGCUGGCCAGGCUAUGUCCGUCUCUUUCCAAGUCAGUCAUUAGAUGCUGUACCACCCACUACGCCAGCUGUAGUUCUUCCACCUGCUGGCGCAACUGUGCCUGAUUUUCAAAGGGUUCUAAGUCGGCAACUCAGCAGUGGAAUCUCUGAGAUCCAACAAACAUCAGACCGCUGGAAGGUCAGUCUGGAUGUCAAUCAUUUUUCUCCUGAAGAACUGGUUGUGAAAACAAAGGAUGGCAUUGUGGAAAUCACAGGAAAGCACGAGGAGAAACAAGACGAACAUGGAUUUAUUUCUAGAUGCUUUACCAGAAAAUACACUCUUCCCCCGAGUGUCGACAAUUCUGCCGUGACCUCAUCUCUUUCCCCUGAUGGGAUUCUGACAGUGGAGGCACCACUCCCUAAGCCAGCAAUCCAGUCUGCAGAGAUCACUAUUCCAGUAACUUUCCAGAGUCAAGCUCAGAUUGGCACACCCGACACCAAGAAAGCAGAAGAAGCUGGCAAAAAAUGAGACGCUGAAAGAUCAAAUGACCGGAUUUCUUUCACUGGUUUCUGUGUAUCACCAUGUGUUUUUACCUAAAUAAUGCAGUUUUGAAAAAUACAUUUUGAAGCAAA